AUGGGUUUAUUUGACUCGACCUUGGUUACACCGUUCACCGCCUCAAAUACCUAUAUACCUUUAAUCCUCUGCAUUUAUUUUCUGCAAUUCCGAUCUCCACCUCCUUUCUCACCGGUUGUUAUCUUCAGUCAUAAAUCCUUUGAUUCAAAGUUGGAGAAAGGGGUACACAAUCGAUAUUCUCCAUCGUGCGGGUCCGUCAAUUGUCCUACUAUUGCCAAUUGCGACGCCCCUCAAAAUCAUCGUCAUCGCGGAUUCCAACCACCACCGUCUGGGGAGGAUUUCCAUAUACAGUACAAAGAAAAGCAUCCAAACAACAAUUUCGUUCCUAUUCCCAACAAGCCCUUUGUCUUCAUCGGACCUGCAAUACGCAACCGCUUCUCUUUCCCUGCUCUUUCUCCGACACUGAGCAUCACCAAGAAUGAGCUAUAGAGAAAAGUGAGAAAGAAGUAGAAAUAGAGGAAGAGAAAGGCAAAAUGAAAAAGAAAGAGAUGAAAGUAUGAGGAUAAGGAGCAGCAGACGUCAGAACUGGGAUAAAUAUGCAAUUGUUGAUUGUUGAACAUUGAGGCUUCUUCUAAUUCAUGCUUUUGAUUGGGUUUCAUCUUACCACCUGCUUAUGAGAUUGAAUUUUCAAGUGGAGUAUUAAUCUGCACUAAUACUAUUUGUUCAUGUAUCUGGUCUCAUCUGAACAUUAGUUUUUAUUCUGCUGAGUUAGAGGAGAGGAACUCAUGGAUACUUGGUUGUUAUUUUAGCACUUAAAACACCUAAAUAUAUGAGGAGAGGAUAUUCCUUUGGGGAGGAAGAGGUUAGUCUUCUGACUUUUCUCAAUGAUGUGCCCAAGAAGGACAAAAAGGUAAAAAAAAAAACGGAUUGCUUAAAAGGUUAAAACUCACGGGGUGAGUCUCCUUGCUUUAUUAUAUGACUAGACGAAUUCCCACGCGUUGCACAGCGAAGAUUAAAAAUAU